AUGACUUACCGUGUCUUCGGAUCGGCAGGGUCGCCUUACAGCGUGAAGGUCCGCUCCUACUUCCGCUACAAGGACAUCGACCACGUGUGGGUCGUCCGCAAUUCGCCCGAGGCCAUGUCUGAGCACGCCAAGUAUUCGAAGCUCCCCCUGGUCCCCACGGUUGUCUCCCCCGACGGGAAGGCGAUGCAGGACUCCACUCCGAUCAUCGAGGCCAUGGAGGCCCUUUUCCCGGAGCCCGCCGUGCACCCGGCGGACGGCGCGCUGCGCUUCGUGUCCGAGCUGCUCGAGGAGUUUGGGGACGAGUGGGGCAACAAGUGGAUGAUGCACCUGCGGUGGUACUCCGCGUCCAGCGGCCCCACCACGGACGCCUACGCGCGCAGGAUCGCCGCGGAGCUCCGGAGCGGCGCGCCGCCGGACACCCCAGGCCUCGCCGACGAGGUGGCCGCCUUGGCGGCCUCCUUCAAGGACCGCAUGCUGGGCCGCGGCUUCACCGUGGGCUCGAGCGAGCACACGGCCCCCAUCUCGAAGCGGUCCUACCUCGACGCGAUCGUCCUCCUGGAGGCGCACUUCGCGACCGGGCGGCCCUACAUCCUGGGGCGCAGCCCCUCCAUGGCGGACUUCGGGCUGGCGGGGCAGCUCUACCAGUGCUUUCAGGACCUGCUACCAGGCAAGGACCUGCUCCCGGGCGAGCAGAUGCGCCUGCACGCACCCAGCGUCGCCCUCUGGUGCGAGCGUAUGGUGAACCCGCGGCCCGUCUCCGGCGGCGGCUUUGAGGCGUGGCCGACGCUCGCGGGCACGUUGGAGCCGUUUCUGGCCUCCCAGGUGGCGAUGUUUCUCAUGUGGUCCGACGCCAACUCCAAGGCCAGAGGAGAGAAGGACAACCUGCAGACUGGGAGUUGUUUCAAUACGUGCAUUUCGCGCGCGGGGCGGAGCUCCGCGUGGAUUUCUUGGAUCGGCGGAGGGCGCCAGGGGCUGCGCUGGAGGCGCUGGCCGCCGGGAGCAAGGACAUGUCCGUGGACCUGGGCGGCGGGCGGAUCUGGCGGCAGGCGGUCGGGGGGCCGCAGAGGUACCACGCCAAGUCGCUGCAGGAGCUCCGCAGGAAGCACUCCCGCGCCGCCCAGGCCCCAGGGCUGUCGGACAUCCUGGGGAGGUGCGGCUGCCUGGAGCUCCUGCAGGCUGGGCCGGGCACGUCGAGGCUGUAGUGGCGCGUCACGGUCGGGGCACCUUUAGCAACCCCCGAUCCGUGGCAGCGCAACUUCUCGUCGGACCUGGCGGGGGUCCACCUCAAGGAGGUCGACACCCUGGAGGAGGCGGCUUCGUCAGGGGCAUCAUCACCCUCGAUCGGCUCAGUACGCGUUGUCUGAACCGGAGUUGUGCGACAUCGCCUUGACACCACCCUGUGUGUUUUGUGGCAACCGUGGCCGAAGCCGCCGAGGGACUCCCAGAGCUCCGACGUCACGAUUGUUUCGUGGCACGGGCCCCCAGCGUGCUUGACCCCAUCCCCGGGACCAGGUGACCAGCUCUGCGUCCGUGCCGUGU